GCCAACGAGCAUCUCUCCAUCCAGAUUCUUUAAUCUGCUAAAAAUCAAUACUGCCAGGUGGCUCAAAAAAACGAGGCACUGCUACAGAUUUAGUGGCGUGGCUGACCCCUGCAGCUUAGUGGCUCCAGCCUCGAGUCGAGGGAACAAAGACACGUUCGCCUCAGCUCUUGGGCCAAUCCAACUUACGGGAGGCUCAACCAUCGCACUCGGGACUCCGCUGCACGACGCAUCGCGAGUCUCUUUUUUUUCUCUUCCAUUCUCUUCUCUCUUUGACUCGUUUUUCAACCCUUCAAUUCUCUUCAAUCCGGCGUGAGGCCACCUUUGCAUUGUUCCUCCUAGAGCCAUGGCUCGAUCUCCAACGCCGCAGCCGCCUAGCCUGCGGCAGCGGAACGUUGCGUCCAAGCAGCCCGUUUCCGAAUCUACCUUUGCCCCCGAGGUCGAGCUCGACAAGCUGUCCAAGGCGGCAGCUUCCUCGCGCCAGAACAUUCAGAGGGGUGAAAUUGAGCACAAGCUUGCUCUGACUCUGGUGACUAUUCUCGGCUUCGUCACUCGAUUCUGGGGAAUCAGCCACCCCGACGAGGUUGUCUUUGACGAAGUGCACUUUGGAAAGUUUGCCUCCUACUACCUUGAGCGAACCUACUUUUUUGAUGUCCAUCCCCCUUUUGCCAAGCUGCUCUUUGCCUUUGUUGGCUGGGCGGUUGGAUAUGACGGCCACUUCCACUUCGAAAACAUCGGCGACUCCUACAUUGCCAACAAAGUCCCCUAUGUCGCGUUCCGAGCCUUGCCCGCCUUCCUUGGCGCAUUGACUGUGUCUGUCACGUAUUUGAUCAUGUGGGAAUCGGGCUAUAGUGUACCCGCUUGCCUCGUCGCUGCCGGAUUGAUCCUUUUGGACAAUGCGCACAUUGGCCAGACUCGUCUCAUUCUCCUCGACGCUACGCUGGUGCUUGCCAUGGCCUGCAGUCUCUUGUUCUACAUCAAGUUUUACAAGCUGCGCCACGAGCCCUUUAGCAGGAAGUGGUGGAAGUGGCUUGUCCUGACUGGCUUCGCGCUGUCUUGCGACAUCUCGACCAAGUACGUUGGUCUCUUCGCCUUCGUCACCAUUGGCUCUGCUGUCAUCAUUGAUCUGUGGGAGCUUUUGGAUAUCAAGCGACCCAAUGGGCCCAUCAGCCUUCCGCUGUUUGGAAAGCACUUUGCGGCCCGCGCCAUUGGUCUGAUUAUCCUGCCUUUCCUGUUCUACCUUUUCUGGUUCCAGGUGCAUUUUGCGGUCUUGACUCGAUCUGGUCCCGGCGACGACUUCAUGUCUCCAGAGUUCCAGGAGACUUUGAGCGACAAUGUUAUGCUGGCAAGCGCUGUCGAUAUCCAGUACUAUGACACCAUUACCAUCAGGCACAAGGAGACCAAGGCGUACCUUCACAGCCACCCUGACACUUACCCUCUGCGAUAUGACGAUGGUCGUAUUUCCAGCCAAGGCCAGCAGGUCACUGGCUACCCUCACAACGACACAAACAACUACUGGCAAAUCAUCCCUGCCAGCAACGAUCAGAAGCUCGGCCGCAUCGUAAGAAACCAGGAGCUGGUUCGACUUCGACACAUCGUCACGGACAAGAUUCUGCUCUCCCACGAUGUUGCUUCUCCGUACUAUCCCACCAACCAGGAAUUCACCGCUGUGUCCGCUGAAGAAGCAUAUGGCGAUCGCCAAAACGACACUCUCUUCGAGAUUCGAAUCGAGGGAGGCAAGCCCAACCAGGACUUCAAGACUGUUGCCAGCCACUUCAAGCUCAUUCACUUCCCCAGCAAGGUUGCUAUGUGGACUCACACCAACCCUCUUCCCGAGUGGGCCUACAGACAGCAAGAAGUCAACGGCAAUAAGCAAAUCACUCCCAGCUCCAACGUGUGGAUUGCUGAAGACAUCCCGUCGCUGCCUGAAGACCACUCUCGUCGCCAGAAGGAGCAGCGCAAGGUCAAGUCGCUGCCGUUCCUCCGCAAGUGGUUUGAGCUGCAGAGGUCCAUGUUCUACCACAACAGCAAGCUGACGAGCAGCCACCCGUACGCCAGCCAGCCUUACCACUGGCCAUUCCUUCUCCGAGGUGUGAGCUUCUGGACACAGAAUGAUACGCGUCAGCAAAUCUACUUUGUUGGCAACCCCAUUGGCUGGUGGCUUGCCAGCGGUCUUUUGGCCGUGUUUGCCGGCAUUAUUGGAGCAGACCAAGUCUCUCUGCGUCGAGGCAUCGAUGCCCUAGACCACCGCACUCGUUCCAGGUUGUACAACUCCACUGGUUUCUUCUGGCUGGCUUGGGCUACUCAUUACUUCCCAUUCUACCUUAUGGGACGUCAGCUCUUCCUCCACCACUACCUUCCUGCUCAUUUGGCGUCUUGCCUGGUCACGGGAUCCCUUGUUGAAUUCAUCUUUAACACAGAUCCAGCAGAUGAGGAGCCCUCUAAAGGCAAAGCUUCCGGCCCCAAGAGACAUAUCACAGCUCGCGAGCGGUUUGCUGGCAAGAGCAUGGCCGGUGCCUGGAUUGCUUGUUUUGUGAUUCUCGCCGUCGCGGCUGCCAGCUGGUUCUUCUUCUUGCCUUUGACAUAUGGUUAUCCCGGCCUGACCGUCGACGAAGUUAACCGGAGAAAGUGGCUUGGAUAUGACCUUCACUUUGCCAAAUAAAAAGGUACAGCUCUCAAAGGGCUAGCCACGGUGUUGAAGAAGGAAUAUUGGUUCAGGAUUAGACAGAUUGAUGUCAAACCGAGAAUGUUCCCUGUGAGGUGCUGUCGACUGUUGUAGUAAAAGUCAUGUGGAAGGGGUAUGUUAUGAUGCAAUAUGCUUGACUGUGUACAAUAAAAGGGGGAGGUUAGGGAAGAGCAUGGAGUUGGUAAAGAAGAAAACAAGACGUAGUAUUUCGCGUCUUAUUAAAUAAGAAUAAUCCAAGUACUUUUUUUUUUAGACAAAUCCAUUUCCGUUUACAUCAGCU